GAAGAAAGAAACGUUGUUGUUUUAUUUUCUCGUAGACUAUGUUCUGCAGGACUCGCCGUUUUAAUACAUUGUCAAGGCUGCGGAAUAAUCAACACACAACAUUUUUCUCGCAAUCACUUCAUGUUUUUGAACGUUUUGUCUCGGUGACGUAACACGCUGGAGAGGGAGCGGUUACACCCGCGCGCGCAGCCUGAACGUGCACAGGUAUACUGCUUUUAUCAGUGUCCAGGUGAGCGUGGAAAUCACGACACUCGAAGUAACACAAUUUAACGCGUAUUUACAAAAUGACAACCCGAUCGAGACCUGGCUAUUAUCGCCAGGAGGUGAAUAAAACCGCUUGGGAGGUGCCGGAUAGAUACAAAGAUCUGAAACAGGUGGGGACGGGAGCAUAUGGCACAGUAUGCUAUGCAUUGGACCGGAGGACAGGGACAAAGGUGGCCAUCAAGAAGCUCCAUCGUCCAUUUCAGUCAGACCUUUUUGCCAAAAGAGCUUAUCGGGAGCUCAGGCUGCUCAAACACAUGAAGCAUGACAAUGUUAUUGGACUCCUGGAUGUUUUCACUGCAGACCUGUCUCUCGACAGAUUUAAUGAGUUUUACUUGGUCAUGCCCUUCAUGGGCACUGAUCUGGGGAAAUUGAUGAAGAUGGAGAGGAUGACAGAGGACAGGGUUCAAUAUCUGGUGUAUCAGAUGCUGAAAGGGCUUAAAUAUAUCCAUGCUGCUGGAAUUAUUCAUAGGGAUCUUAAACCAGGCAACCUAGCAAUUAAUGAGGAAUGUGAGCUCAAGAUCCUGGAUUUCGGUCUAGCCCGGCAAGCAGACACUGAAAUGACGGGCUAUGUCGUGACACGCUGGUACAGACCACCUGAGGUCAUUCUUAACUGGAUGCAUUAUACAAAGACAGUGGACAUCUGGUCUGUCGGUUGCAUCAUGGCAGAGAUGCUGCUAGGGAAACCACUGUUCAAAGGAAACGAUCACCUGGAUCAGCUGAUGGAAAUCAUGAAGAUUACAGGGACCCCGACAAAAGAGUUCACUGCCAAAUUACAGUCUGAGGAUGCUAGAAACUACAUUGCAAAGUUGCCAAAGCUUAAAAAGAGAGAUCUUCGGAUAUUGUUUCCAGCUGUUAAUUCACAAGCGAUUCAUGUGUUAGACAGUAUGUUGCUCUUGGACCCUGAGAGUAGAGUAACGGCAGCAGAAGGUCUGGCUCUUCCUUACUUCUCCGAGUUUCACGAACCAGAGGAGGAGACCGAGGCCCCACCAUAUGACCAUUCAUUGGAUGAGGCUGAGCAGUCAGUGGACCAAUGGAAACGACUGACCUUCACUGAAAUUUUGACUUUUAAGCCUCCAACAUCAGUCGUAGAAUCUAAAGAGACCGCUCUCUAAACCAGCGGUUUUCCAGUGUCAACAAUGCUUUACAUUUCAUUUACCAUUUUUCACAGAUAUGACUCUUAUGUUUUACUACAGAGUUUCCUCUGUAUUCUUUUGGGUUUCCAAAGUGAAUUGUUACUGUUUCAUUUCGAGCAUUUGAGAUUGUCGUGCACCAGUUGUUAGGCAUAUUUAUGAAUUAUACAUUCAUGUGCUUUAACUUAAUGAGAUUCUAGCAUAAAUCUUGGCAAUUAUGCAUUUAUAGUACAUUUUUUCUCCUUCCAGAAAAUACCAUCAGAAAAAAAACACCCAGCAUAAUUAAAUUACUGUACACUGGAGUACUACAAUGUGAAUAUAUACAGUUUGCUUUUGUUUCUUUGUCUUCAAAUGGUUAACAGAAUGGUUUGUUUGUCUCAAUCAGCACCACAUAAGUAGAUUUCCAGUUUGCAAAACCCCACAGCAAGACUACAAUAUAUCAUAACGGUAGGAGUUAAUGGUCCUGUUUAAAAUGUACGUACUAUGUACAGUAGUUUACUGUGUAACUGUUUAAUUAUUAGGUACUAACCGUAAUCCUACCCCAACCCAAACUAAUACAAAGUAAUCAUAGUUACCAGCAUUUUGUUGGGUAAGUGCAAUGUAAGUACACUUAAAGUGCACAUACAAACAAAAAUAAUAAAGUACUACCAAAGUAACCGUUAUUGCAACAGUAUUGCUUUCAGUGUUUGUAGACUUGCGGCAUGUAGUGACAAAUGCAGAAACAACAAAAAACAUUUUUUAUAUAAACAAAUGACAAUGUACAAUGAGCGAUCACAUUACAGUUUUGUUGUAUUGUUAUUUGUGUAUUUUCAAAUUGAAUAAAAUGUGAUUAAAAAUGAA